AUGCCAUCCGUCCGCGACAUGCCAAUGGUCGCCCCCCGGCCGGCCUGCUACAGCGACAGCGUCCUUGAGCAGGCAAAGGCUGCCCGCCUCACGCCGGACGCCACCCCCUGCGGCUGCGCGGAGUGCGUAGCCGAGCGAGACUCCUACGUUCAGCGCACCCCGGCAUGCGCGCUUGUCGAGUGCGGCAUCUGCCUUGAGCUUCCGACGUCGGGGCCCAUCGUGCAGUGCCCCGAGGGCCACAUCUUUUGCGGCCACUGCCUGCGCCGCCACACCAUGAGUGGCCUCGCGUCGUCGCACUGCUGCCCCGUCUGCCGCUCAAAGCUGCCGUCGACCUCUGCAGCAGAGAACGCCGCGUCGCGGUGUCGGCUAGCGGAGCUGCUCCUCGCCGACGUCCCCGCCAGCUGCAAGCAUUGCCACGCCAAGCUCACCCGCGCCACGCUCCGCGACCACGCGCC